CUUAAAACAAAACUCAAAAAUCGCCCUAAGCCGAGACCGCCACCUUUCUCUCUCUACCGGCAGCUCCCGUUCCUAACGACGCUCUUCCUCUUAACAUUUGGCCGUUUCUGGUGCCUUAGCUGCCAUCUCUUGUCGGGUUAUGGGAUCGUCGAAUAUUAGAGAUAUCUUGACAGAAUUUAGUCCUUCUUUGGACUACUUUGCUAUUAGUUCCGGAGAUGGUCGAAUUAAGAUUUGGGACACUUUGAAGGGUCAAGUUCAAACUGAAUUUGCAGACUUUGUAUCAAGUGAGGUAACAAACAUAUAUGCUAAGGCAGAAAGAGGGCAUCUUUCGAUUGAUUACAAAUGUAUGAAGUGGUUGUCUUUUGACAAAAAGAAGAAAAGGAAGCUUGCAAGUUCUUUGCUAAUCUUGGGAACGGGAAGUGGUGAUCUCUUAGCACUUGAUGUGUCUGCUGGUCAGUUGAAGUGGAGAGUUAGUGAUUGCCAUCCUGGGGGUGUCAGUGCCAUUGCAUUUUCUACAAAUGGCUCUUGCAUUUACAGUGCUGGUGCUGAUGGGAUGGUUUGUAAAAUCGAUUCACUGACUGGAAACUUAUUGGGGAAGUUCAGAGCUUCUACAAAGUCAACAUCCUGUAUGGCUGUCUCAUCAGAUGGAAAGAUGUUAGUGACUGCAGCUGCACAGUUGAAGACUUUUGAUUGUUCUAAUCACAAAAAGAUACAAAAGUUUACUGGCCAUCCUGGAUCUGUUCGGUGCAUGAUAUUUACUGAAGAUGGAAAGUUUAUACUAUCAUCUGCUCUUGGUGAAAGAUAUAUUGCUUUAUGGAGAACAGAUGGAGGCAAAAAGCAGUCAGCUAGUUGUGUUUUAGCAAUGGAGCACCCUGCAGUCUUCAUAGAUAGUAGAUGCGUUAAUGACAGGGAUCUCUAUGUUUUUGCCAUUUCAGAAACUGGUGUUUGUUAUUUUUGGUAUGGCCAGGAUGUUGAGAAAUUACGCAAUGCCAAGCCUACAAAAGUUUCAUUAUCUUUGGAAGCCGGUUUCUCUAAAACUUACAAAGGUGCAUUACCUACAAUAUUUGCUGCAAAAUUGCAAGGCAUUGUCAAGCCAGCAUCCAUACAUGCAUUUCUUGCCCAAGGUUUGUUGGUAAAGCCAUCAUUUCAGAAAAUCGUGGUGCAUUAUGGCACUGAUAUAUUGUUGAGUAGCUCUCAGGAUGGAGUCCUUUUACCAAUGAGUCAGUCCCUUAACAAAUCCAAGAAAGGGCCGGAUUCGCAGAAUAGAGCAAUUGCAUUGGAUCGUGCACAUGCUGAGGAUGCCAUACUUCCAAUCCCCAAUAUUUUUGAUCUUCACGGAGAAAAGGAAAGAUAUAGAAGUUUGAGUGUUGAUGCUGACGAUGUAAUGGUUGAUUCCAUUGGCCAUGGGAAUCAAGCUAAGUUAUCGGAUGGAAAAGGUGACAUGAUACAAGUAGAUGCUGACUCCAAAGCACUUUGCAUGGAGGAUCAGCUAAGAACGCUGGGAAUACUUGAUGAUCUUACAUCCAACUCUUCACUUGAUUCCACGAUAUUUGAUGGUAUUAAUCUUGAAGCUAAUGUCCCACCAAAGAAGAUGAGAGCAGUUGUUUCAUCUAUGGUGCCCGGUGAUGCUCACAAGUUGCUGGAAAACUUGGUGGGAUUGUGGCAAUCAAGGUCAAAUAGUGGAAAGUAUGUUCUUCCUUGGAUAUAUAGUGUAUUGGUGAAUCACGGUCCUCUUAUCAUGUCUCAAGAAUCCCUAACUCAGAUGCUUAAUUCCUUAUUGAAGACUACUAGAUCCAGAGGGUUGGCUAUUCAGCCUUUGCUACAAUUAUCUGGACAAUUACAGCUUGUAACAGCGCAGAUUGACAAGGCAGCUCAGAACAAAAGUCGACUCUCCACAAGUGAUCACCAAAUGGAUGAAAGUGAAGAUGAAGAUGAAGAUGAUGUGGAUGAAGUCAUUUACAGGGAAGAAGAUGAUGAAUCCCAACUAAGUAGCGAUGAUGAUAAUUAACUGCUUUUCAUUGCAAGAGAUCAAAAAGUGCAGAGCAGUGCCCGUUUUCAGAUGGAUUGAAAACAAAGGGGCUUACUCUUAACGUUGGUUGGACAGCUGGCCUUCAACCUUCAACCCCGUAUCAGUCUGUUUGAGUUCGGGUUUUUUUCUGGUGCUGCUAAUAUGGUUACUCCAAGAGGGACGUUUCCAUGGUAUGGCUGUCCGUGUGUCUGGUCCUGCCAUAGCUGUCGUCCACAAUUUUGUGCUGCCCAUUUUUCCUUGUUUAUAUUGAUCCUGUUCUUUGUUCCUUAAAAAUAUAGGUUAUUAUUAUCAUAUUAUACUAUAAUCAGCCCUCAUUGUUUCUUAAUGCAAAUAAAUUUGUUCUAGCA